CGACGACGGUCAACCUUUCCACUUCUUCAUCCUCCACAUGUCUCCCUUUCGUCCCGAGCAGCAUCCUUUUCCCCAUCCAUGGGUAAGAUUUCGCUGACACGUGAAAUUGGGGGAAGAUCCUCCCGUCCGCGAUGGCGUGUUUUGGCAAGUAGCCUUCGAAGGGCCGACAGUCACCCACGUGCUCAGAUGCUCAAAGGAGAUUCGUCAGUCAGACAACCUCUCACAAGAGAAAACGAAAGCAAGAAAAAGCGAUGCAAAAAGUCCAUGUCUUCGAGAAAUACCGGGAGGCAAAGUGAUAUGGACGCCACGACAGAGACAUGUGGAGGAACAGCCAACCAAGGGGCUCAAUAUCCCACGGACUUGAUUGUGGCGCGUCUACCGAGAGUGGCGGAGGCACUCACUCUCUUGCCCAGAGCGCAUUGUGGCGUUUUAAUGGUUUCCUGGGCCCUGUUGGGAAGGUGGUAUCCCCGGCCCUAUCAAAACGGCUUUCCUGUAUCUUUUUCGAGCACUUCACUUCCACAGGCCCCCAUCCAUCCAAUGUUCAAGGGCCCGUGUCCUGAGUCCUGACUGCAGCACGGCUCGAUCUGCGGGGGGGCAAAUUCUGAAGGGAUGUCUGAAGUCGUCUUGGCCCCCCCUGAACCGACCAAUGCCCACCGCCAGAAGAGGGUCGGCAUGUCUUCUCCUGUCGUCAAACCACACUUCGCACCCUAGGCGACAGGGUCAGCCGCAGGGCUCACUCACUUGCCGUCGCCAACCCAAUGGAACGCCCCACCCCCCGUUGACCAGGUCGGGACGCUCA